UGUUUCUGGGUAAAGAAUGCAGACUAUAAAGUGUGUAGUUGUUGGAGAUGGUGCUGUGGGAAAAACUUGUCUUCUCAUCAGCUAUACCACCAAUGCCUUCCCAGAAGAGUACAUCCCUACUGUGUUUGACAACUACAGUGCCCAAAUGACUGUUGAUGGCCGGACUGUGAGCCUGAAUCUCUGGGACACUGCAGGCCAGGAGGAAUAUGACCGCCUGCGCACGCUCUCGUAUCCUCAAACCAAUGUAUUCGUCAUCUGUUUCUCCAUUGGUAGCCCCUCUUCCUAUGCAAAUGUGAGGCACAAAUGGCAUCCUGAAGUUUCUCACCACUGUCCAAAUGUUCCUGUUCUUUUAGUAGGCACAAAGAGAGACUUAAGAAAUGACCUGGAAACAGUUAAAAAGUUGAAAGAGCAAAGCUUGGCUCCCACUACCCCACAGCAGGGGACUUCACUGGCUAAACAAAUUGGAGCAGUCAAAUAUUUGGAGUGCUCAGCAUUGAAUCAGGAGGGUGUUCGUGAGGUGUUUGCUGAAGCUGUGCGUGCAGUUCUGUAUCCUGUGACAAAGAAGAACACAAGAAAAUGUGUCUUAUUGUAGUUACCUGGAGUGAUGGAGGUUCAAAGUUGAAUACUGACUAGAAUCUUGGAGGGCUCUUUAAUGAGUUAAAUUGAAGAUUUGCAUCUUGCACUAACAGCUCUAAGCAGAAAUGGUUUAUGCAACGAAUAUUCUUGCAGUCUUAUUGCUUCAGGGAAACCGAAACAGAGGGGGUUUUUUUCUAGCUGAGAGGUCAAAUAUCUACUUUAUUUCUAAAGUUCCAGUCUCCAGCUUCUCCAGGGAUCACUUGGCUUCUGUCCUUAUUUUGUGAGGAAAAUAAAAAGAGGUACUUCUUUGAAGCCAGACUUCUUUACUAGAUAGCCAUCAGUUACUAGAUUUGUUGAAAAGCACAGAUUCUGAUAACUUUGCUUUAAGUGUAGCUGCUGCUUUUCCCAUCCCUUAUUUACCGAUCUGUUUUACAAACAGAAGUCUGACUGUGCAGUUCUUUUGAUUUGUCAAUUUAAAUCUUGAAACAAUUUGUUUACAUGCAAAAAUGCCUGAAAUAUUACUGAGAUUCACCUUAUAGUG